AUGCUUGAACUACCCUCGGACAUAGUCCUUCAAAUCGCCACAUAUCUUCCUCAGGAAGAUAAGCUUGCAUUGGCUAAGACAUGCCGGGAGCUUUAUACCACGCUACACGCUCUGAUCUACGAGGUUGUUGUUUUUGAUUCUUCCAAGGUCCACUUGAACGGACUCCAAGGUUUUGUAAACCGCCACAAAUGGUUUCACGAAUUGAAAUUCUCAUGCUACCCCACGGUGAUUCGGUCUUUAUACGCCCUUACCCGGUUCUUGAAGAAUCUCUCGAAAAAUCCACAAUACUGCAAGAAUAUCAAGUGCCUUGUGGCCAUGGAGCAGGUGCCUGAUAUGCCUCAUUUGGAGUUGCUGGGCUACCUUGCACAGAUCUUUCCACAGUUGGUCAAUUUGACUGCGUUCCAGUGGUACUCGAUCCACCAACCCUUGGACGCCGAUUUGGUGUCACUUUUGCCCAAAAACAUCAAAAAGGUCUGUGGAAAUCUCCAAUUCUCACUGGCUUUCUCCACAUUCAACGUGCCCGAGUCUGUCGAGUUUUUGGACAUAUCCAACUUUGGCUGCGAAAAGAACCUAUACAACCUUUCUGGGUUCCCAGAGAACUUGACCUCGCUCACAGUGCUGAAACUGGUUUCCUCAAAUUCCAGGAUCUUCACAUCGUCGCUUUCCUCUUGCUGCUCCGCCGUUUUGUCCAAUACCCAGGAACCACUGUACCACUUAGAUGCUCCCACAUACACCUCGCUGCUUUUCAACUCGCUGUCUUUGGAUUCGCCAAUUAAGCUCGAGAGUUUAAAACUCAAGGACAUUUCCUUGCUGGUCUGCGAUGCCCACAUUCUCAAAAACUACGUCGACUUGGCCUCGCUCAAAAGCUUCUCUCUUGAAGAAUGCACCGAAGUGCUUUUCGACCAUGUCUUACCCCAAAACUACAUGACCUUGUCUUCAUCCGCAUACAUCCGCCGUAACGCCCCGGCAGAGCUCUUCUUGGAUCUUUUGGUGCCGGAACUCACCGCCUUGAAGCUGCUUCACCUCAGCAUGACUAACGAGAUCUACUAUAACAACUGCAUCAUUGCAUUCAUUGCCCUGCUUUCUGGCUUGGAGCACAUCAGCAUUCAUUUGAAAUACCUCUAUCGCCCGAACGAGCCCGUUGAUUUGGACGCUCUUUUUGAGGCCUUGGAAUCUCACUCAGAUACCCUCAAGUACUUGGAUGUGUGCUUCAACACCAUUGAAAACAACGUUUCUCCGGGCCAGAAAAAGAGGCAGUGUUCACUUUCUGCCAAAUCCUUCUCGAGACUUCAGAAAUUGAAGAAACUCGAGUUCCUCAAAAUUCCCGUUUUCAGGGACCAGGCAGACCUUCUCCGUGAGAGCUUGGAGCCUUUGGAAAACCUCAAAAUUGUCCAGGUGGGUUUUGCCGAUCUGGCUGCAAAUGCCUCAAACCACGGCGAUACGCUAAUUUACGCCCUCUACAACACAAACUGUCUCAUAUCACAGGACUACUUCAGCUCGCCCAACUCCUUCACCAGUGUGAUUCAGGACGAAAAGGUCAAUGAGUACUUGGAAAUGAGCAAGAAGUUCAAAACGGCGCUUCCACGCUUGAGGUACAUCCGAACGGACUUGAAAAACCAGUCGCUUGUUUACGACUGUAACGGCACCGUUGCUGCUGCCGAAGAUGGCGCAGUAGAAAACUUCGACACCCUUGUGGCGUCGGUCAUUGGAUUUUAA